GUCAGUCGUAGCUGAGACUCGAAGCCGGCAUGAGCUCUCCCAAUAUUUUCCUCCUCGCCAUUCUCAUUUCUGUUUUCUCGUCAGUCGCUUCUACUCUAUCAACACCGCAUUACCUUGUCCUGGCGCCUAGAACGAUCUCUCCAAACUGCCUGUACAAGGCGGCAGUGGUCCUCUACGAUUUGGAGUCGAAUUCAGUCGGCGAAGUGUCGAAGCAGAUUCGUGCUACAAUCACCAGAAACAACCAUCAAAUCAGCGCCUCCAAGGUGGACAUCACACCUCAACUUAUUCAGCUGGUUCCUUUAAAGAUCCCAGUGUCAAUCCAAGCAGGUGAUUACAUGCUGACAGUAGAAGGCGUAUCACAGAACGGAUUUGUGCUGUUCAAAAAUCAGACUGAGCUUCAGUUUGAUCCAAAAUUUCUCUCCAUAACUGUACAGACCAGUAGACCAAUUUACCGUGACGGACAAAAAGUUCGAUUUCGGAUUUUGAUUCUUCAUAAAGACCUCACCCCAUUCGAUGAUGCUAUAGAAGUUCAUAUAACGGAUUCCAGUGGAUUGAUAAUGAAGAGAUGGCUCUCAGUCUAUACUAACAAUGGUGUUGCUAGUCUUCAGUUCAGAUUACCGAAAUUGGUUAAAAAUGGCGUCUGGAAAAUUUGCAUAAGAGCUUGGGAGCAGAAAGCUGAACAUCCUAUUAUGGUUGAGAACUACUUUACUCCAGUAUUUGAGGUUAUCAUCGGAACUCCCGCCUACAGACUUGCUAGCGAAGAAGAUUUGACAGUGAGAAUAUCUGGCAUGUUCCCAUCUGAACAGUUUGUCAGAGGGAAUGCAACUCUGAAUUUAUUUGGGAGGAGAUUGGAUGAUGGUGACAAGUCUUCAUUCGUUUUGAUGAAAACUGAUCACAUUUUCAUUAAGUCCAAAGUUCACGUAUACCAAUUCCCUCUGGAUUUGGCUAAAGAAACUCUUGGCCAAAAAGACAACUUGGAAGUAAAGAUUGAGGUGUCUAUGGAGGAUUUCCUGUUGGGUGAAACUGUUUCUGGAGUUGGCUUGACCAGAGUUGUAUCUGCUUCACUGAAAGUUCGCUUUUUGAGUUCUAGUCCAGCCAUAUUCAGACCUGGAAUGCCUUUCUUCACUCAGGUUGCUGUGUCCUAUGAGGACAAUGAACCCGUCCCCUCUGAAACUCUCCUCUCGUCAACACUAUCUAUCAGCGUAACUCUGUACUCACAAACCGGAGCCCAACUGAACAUACCUAUCAUCUCUGCUGGAGCCGACUUUGACAACACAUUUGAGUCCACCGAUAUUUCACCAAACAAUGUGACAGUUUUCUUCAACAACCUGGAUCAUGAUCUGUAUUUGGAGCAGGGAGUUCUGUCGUUUGGAUUCGACACGCUGACAGACACUGAACGAAUUGCUGUGUCAGCUGAAUUUGUUGACGAAAGAGGGGAGGUUUCGAGUGAUACACUGGAUGUUUUGAAACAUUUUGGCGCGGAGGAGAAGUAUGUGAGCGUUUGGACGGCUGAGUCGAAUGCGGCGCCCAAUCAGUUUGCUGUAUUCCAUGUGCGCGCGAAUUUCGAAAUGGGAGGUUAUCAGUACUUAAUAAUUGGCAAAGGUGAAGUGUUGUAUGCGGGCGAUGGGCCGGCUUUGCAAUUGUCGUCUGUGGCCACUCUGGCCUUGCCGAUCGCCAGAGACAUGGCCCCCGGAUUCCAUCUGCUAGUCUUCACCAGAACAAGGCUGGGCGAAAUUGUUCUCGGAUCGUGUUUUACUCCGGUGGAUGGAUUCUCUGAAUAUGAGAUGGAAGUAGAGAUAAAUAUGGGCAAAGACUUGAAAGGUGAAAGGGUGGAAGUGAGGAUGAGUGGGGAUGAGGCGGCCUUCAUUGGCGUCCAUUCUGUGAGGGCGGUCGCCUAUGAGAUGCAAGCCGGCAACGAAAUGACAAAAUCCAGGGUGGUUGAUAAUCUGCUACAGUUUGAGACUUCCAGAAGGUCACUACACACAUUAUUGAGACAAUCCAGAGAUGGGAAAAUGGCUGAUGAAAGUGUGUACUUUCCUUCCAUGGAUUAUGGCAUGGAUGCAAGAAACACCAUUGAGUUGAAUGGAUUGUUUGUAAUGACCUCAGAGCUGAUACCUCUGAAACCUACAGCAGAAUUAUGUUUGAGUUCCUCUUUACUGCCUUGUGUGACUACUGGCUGUUUUUCUACUGAACAGAAGUGUGAUGGAAAAUUCGACUGUGCCGAUAAUUCUGAUGAAAUUGAUUGUCUGAUUGAUUCCAGUGCUGAUAAUAUUUACAAGAUUUCAAGAGUCAGUCGAUAUAGUUUUCUGUACGACGCGGAUGAUGGCGAUUGGGCGUGGAGAGAGAUAAAGAAGAACGACCACGUGGGCAUUGAGUUCGAGCCGCUGUGGCCUCCCCGGAUGGCUGACCUGUGGUACAUCAAUGGAUUCACUGUCGGAGGCAGGACAGGGUUCAGUGUGCUCUCACAACCUGUCCAGUUCUCGACGAAGAAGCCGCUGACAAUGCAGGUGUCAGGCCCCACCACGUGUCACCGUGGCGAGCAACUGGGGCUCGCCGUUCUGCUGCAGAACCACAUGCUCGUCGAGGCACUCGUGCUGGUUACUCUGCUCGCCUCGCCUCGCCACAAGUUCGUGCACGUCGAGCCCAACGGAGUCGUCUCCAGCUACAAUGCUCGCCUGUCCUCCGGCGAUCAUCAGGUGCUCGUUUACCUAGCUCCAGAAUGUCAGAAGCACAUAGACAUGCCAGUUGUUGCUAGCAUUGAGCAAGGGGAGAUCGAGAUCCAUGUCACGGCUUCAGGACAGGCUGGCCACGCCCACGCUAUACACAAACUCAAUGUUAUCGGAGAAGGUGCCUUGAUAAAACGACACACGUCAGCGUUUCUGGACUUGAAGAAUCGAGCUUUGGCUCUGGACUACCUGGAUAUAAUAGUAGAGGAGUCGCCCAUCGUUCCCUAUGAGGAAUGGAGGAGAUAUGUGUUUGGCAGUCCAUCAGCAAGCAUAACGCUAACAAGUGACCUAAUCGGCCCCACAUUUCCAACAAUACCGUUAACAAUUGAAAGUGUUCUGGAAAGGCAUGGAAAAGGAGCUGAAUCGUCAUUGUUCGAAUUCGGCGUGAAUAUUUGGGUGCUGCACUACAUCCGUCUCACCAAUCAAUUGAAUCCGCAUACGUUCCAUGAAAUACUCAACGAAAUCAAUUCUUUGUAUGGCCUUGUAAUGCGUUAUUACAAUCCCGGUGGAUGGUUCUCGGAUUGGGAUGGAUCUGAGCCGAGUGUAUGGUUGACAACUUGGGCAGUAAGAAUAUUCGGACACGCCUCAUUCCCUGACUGGGAGAACUUCCUGUUUAUCGACCCGGAAGUGUUCAGCCGAAGUGUGACUUGGAUUUUGCAGUCUCAAUCAAGUGACGGCAGCUUCUUCGAAUCCACUUCGUCCAAUUUCAUUGAUUCUAAAUUAGUUGGCAAUGCCUCAGAGAUAGCACUCACGGCACAUGUAGUGAUUACUCUGACCGAAAUAGUUGAAAAAGGCCUGAUCAGUGGUCGAUUGAGAGGCGCGGCAGUGUCGGCCCUCCGUUUGGCGGUGCAAUACCUGGAGAGGCAGUUUGCAUCCAUUUUGGAUCCGUACCUGUUGACAGUCUGCACGUAUGCCCUGUCGAUCACUUCGAGUGGCGAGAAAGAGUUGGCCUUCUGGACUAUGCAGAGAGCUAGUCGACAAUCCGCGGACGGCCUUGUGUACUGGUCCUCGGUUGCCAUGGCAACGAACCCAGUGCGUCUGGAAAACCAGCGCCCAUUCCGGCAGCCGCGUCUCUACCGCGACCAGGACUCGCGCGCCAUGGAGGCCACCGCCUGGGGGCUGCUAGCCAACCUGCGUCGCGACGGAGUCACCCAAACUGCCGAGAGGAUCGUGCAGUGGAUCGUCACACAGCGCAUGACCAAGUCUGGCUUCAUCUCGACUAUUGAUACCAUUAUUGCUUUACAAGCUCUAACCGAAUUCGCAUUCAGAGCUCGAAUUCUGGAUGUAACCGAUAUAAAUGUUUUGAUGGAAAUGCCCAAUGGAAAACUGAGGAAAAACAUUCACUUGGGAAAUUCUUCAUUUAUGCAGCCAGAGACUAUUCCUGUUUCGCCAGUAUGGGGUCACGUUAACGUCAGAGCGAGAGGCUCAGGCCUGGCUCUGAUUCAGUUGGAUGUCAGCUAUGGAAUCGAUCACGAGCCGCUGAAGGAUCGUCCAGCGUUGCCGAGUUUCAAAUUCGGUAAGAGAUAAAAAUUCAUGAGAUUUAGAGAUAGAUUCUUCAUG